GCGGUUGAGAACACCUCGAUGACGUCACACAGAAGGAAGAACAAAACAAGAUGGCGACUGGCGAAGAAUACGUUGUUUUGGUUAUUAUGGUUUUUAGGUCUUAAUUACAACGUACAUGUGCACAUUUGUGUCGUUUAACACAGUAAACGUCGUCAUUAAUUGUUUGUAUGCGGAUACAUUAGUCUGAGUGCACUUUGACGUGCUAGCCCAGCCUGCUGGUUAGCUUAGCUUGUUAGCUGCUAACAAAGAGAGGCGGAAGUGAUCGACACAUCAAAGCAGAGAUCCAAUACGUCUGUGAAGAACAUCUUCACCCUGAGCAACAGAAGUGGAGCUUUAGGAUGCGGACGGAGGAGCCACAGCACAACCUCAUUAGGAAGGAAGAGGAAUACCAACUGAUCCCCCAUUUUAAAAAUGAAGAGGAACACCAACGGAUCCCCCAUUUUAAAGACGAGAGAGAAGACCCACUCACACUCCAUUUUAAAGAGGAAGCGGUGGAUCCACUAAGCCUUCCCAUUAAGGAGGAAGAGGAGGAUCCACUGACCCCUCACAUUAAAGAGGAAGAGGAAGAACACAGCAUCAGUCAGCAGGGAGAGCAUCUAGAAGGACUGGAGGAGGUUGAUGUCCCCAAGAUGCCAGUGACUGGUGUCCCUGUGAAGAGUGAAGAUGAUGAGGUGAAAGGUGAAAGUGAGGAGAGGGGAGGGGGGGAGCCUCCAAGCAGCAGCUCAACACAACACAUGACAACAGAAGCUGAUGGAGACCACUGUGGAGGAUCACAAGCAGACAAGCUCUUAGCUCCACUAUCAGAUAGUGAGGACACAACGUCACACUCUCCUGACACUGAUGAUGAAGACUCUAAAGAUGAUGCAACAUGUCACACUGACAACACUCACUUCACAUCUUCUCACUCUCACAAAACUUUUAAAUCUCUUAGUAAAUUGAAGACACAUGAGAACACACACUGGAGAAAAAAGGUUUUCAUGUUCAAUCUGCGGUAAAGAUUUUACUCAUAGGCACCAUUUAAAGGCACACAUGAGAACACACACUGGAGAAAAACAUUUUUCGUGUUCCAUCUGCCGUAAAGAUUUUCAUCAAAGACAAAAUUUGAAAGCACACAUGAGAACACACACUGGAGAAAAACCUUUUUCAUGUUCAAACUGUAGUACAGGUUUUACUCAAAAGCAAAAUUUUAAAACACACAUGAGAAUACACACUGAAGAAAAACCUUUGAUAUGUUCAGUAUGUGGUAAAGAUUUUUGGCAAAGGCACUAUUUCAAAGUACACAUGAGAACACACACCGGAGAAAAACCUUUUAUAUGUUCAGUCUGUGGUAAAAGUUUUAUAGAAAGACAGCAAUUAAAAGCACACAUGAGAACGCACUCUGAUAUAAAAACAUACUCCUGUUCAAACUGCAACAAAACCUUUCGUCACCUAAUCACUCUUAAAGUACACAUAAGAACACAUACAGGAGAAAAACCUUUUUCAUGUUUAAUCUGCAGUAAAGAUUUUACUGGAAGGCAGUAUUUCAAAAUACACAUGAGAAUACACACUGGAGAAAAACCGUUUUCUUGCUCAGAAUGUGGCAAAAGUUUUGUAAUAAAGCAAACAUUAAAAGUACACAUGAGAAUAUACACUGGAGAAAAACCUUUUUCCUGCUCAGAAUGUGGUAAAAGUUUUGCAAUGAAUCAAAGUUUAAAAAUACACAUGAGAACACACACUGGGGAAAAACCUUUUUCAUGUUUAAUCUGCGGUAAAGAUUUUACUCUAAGGCCCCAUUUCAAAUCACACAUGAGAACGCACACUGGUGAAAAACCAUACUCCUGUACAAGAUGCAAUAAAAGUUUUCAUCAUCCAAACUCUCUUACAGUACACAUGAGAAGACACCCAGGAGAGAAAGUGUUGAGUUGCAGUGUUUGUGGUGAAAGAUUGUCUUCUAAGUACCAGUGUAAGAAACACAAGUGUGCUGGUGAGAACAGCAGCAGCAAAUGAAACUGCAGGAUUUGAAAUAAACUGUCAAAACUUUAACUUUGACCUUCUAAGAACAUCAGCACAUCGAUUCUAACAGUUGUAGAUUAGAUAUUUUAAAUUAUUUCCUUUUUUUCAGUCAAGUACAUGUUUUAAUAUACGACAUUGUGUACUUUUAUUUAAAAACAAACAACAUUUUGACUGUAAAGGUGAGAAUAAACAGGAGAAAACAUGUUACAAAUACGUUUUAUGUGAGAUUUAGAAAUCAAUUUUAACUUUUAAUGAUGUUAUAGAUGAACUCCUUUAAAUGAUGUACAUAUUUGUUUUACAUGUGUUCAUACCUUUGCUUUUGAAUACUCAUAAAUCCCUCUUAGUUCAUAUUUACUGGUUCACACCUGAAACAUCUUCUGGACCUCUUCUGGAAGCAUAUUAUUAUUUACUUUAUACAACAUUUGAAAUGUUGUGUUUUAUACAAGAUCAUUUACUUUUAAAAUGUGUGACUUAAUAAAGGAUUUGUUGGGUCUCGAUAA